CCUCUCUUGUCUCCGCCUUCCCGGUUUCGCUCAAAACCAUCACCUUCGUGGCAAGGGCCGGAUUGCGGCUUACAGUGACCACCGAAACAUUUGAGGAAGUUAAGCCUGCUUUAGCUUAAAUCCUGCCUGCCGCCGGAGAUGCCAUGGCGACGACGACGACGACGACGACAGUCCGAUCGAGCAGCUUCUCCCGAAAUAUGUCGACUUCAGCCGGAUCAAGCGUGUCUUCUUCUACUCCCGGAAUUAAACUCGGCCCUGGAAGCACCGCUUUCGUUUCAUCCGGGAUUCCAGACCUAGACAAAUUGCUAGGUGGUGGUUAUCUGCUGGGAAGUAUAGUGAUGGUGAUGGAGGACGCGGAGGCUCCGCACCACCUUCUUUUGCUGAGAAACUUCAUGGCCCAGGGUGUAAUUCACCGCCAACCUCUCCUUUUUGCCUCGCCUGCAGAUGAGCCGCGGGCUUUUCUUGGGACACUGCCUGCUCCUGUUGCGACGUCUAAGGAGGAGAGGCAGCGGCUAACCAGAUCGGAUCAUAAUGAGCAGGAGCAGGGUCUUCGAAUUGCUUGGCAGUACAAGAAGUACUUUGGGGAGCAGCAAGCUUCUGAUGCUCACAAUAAAGAUGUUGAGCAGGAAUUCAGCCACAAUUUUGAUCUGCGGAAAUCUAUUGAAAGGCGUAUGUUGAAUGCACCAAACAUUGACUGUAUAUCAAUUCAGAAAUUUGCAAAUCUUGCACCUCUUCGUAAACACUGCUCCUCAUUUUUAUCUAAACUAUCUGGAAAUGGUGUUGGACUUGCUGGUCGUAUAGCAAUACAAUCACUGUGCGCUCCACAAUGUGGAUUUUCUGAUUGGGAUAUGGUUUCCUUUGUAAGGUCUUUGAGAGCAAUGCUGCUAUCUUCUAAGGCUGUUGCUAUGAUUACAUUCCCAAGCUCCAUUCUUCUACCCUCCUUCUCCAAGAGAUGGCAACACUUGGCUGACACACUUCUAUCAGUUAGAGCUAUCCCAGAUGAGGACAAGGAUUUGGCUAAGCUCCUGACUGGUUACCAGGAGAUGGUUGGCCUUUUGCAUGUGCACAAAGUGGCUCAGAUCAAUUCCCAGGUUCCAGUCAUUCUGGAGACCAGCACAUUCUCAUUAAAGCUCCACCGGCGGAGAUUUUUGGCUCUGGAAAGACUGAAUCAGGCUCCUGUGGAAGGAUCAAGUGGGACUUCCUAUGGAACUGCUGGUCCCUGUUCUGGAUCUUUGAAGGGUUCUUCCAUUGAUUUCUAGCAUCUAAAAUUAUUCGCUGAAGGUUAAUGUGCCGUCGGAGUUGAGAAUUCGCCGUGUUCUUUUUGUUCGGCAAUGUUUCAGGUGAAUGGUAACAUCAUGGUCUGGCUGGCUUGGUUGUCUUCUUCUCUGGGCUCCAAUUUCUUCCACUGUGCUAAAAUAGGAACCUUAGAUUGCUGUAUAACUUAUUCUAAUUGUAUUACAUUCUUUACAAUGAUUCAAGUAUUAUUUGGCUUUGUUGCUUGCA